CAGAUACAGCACGUGUAACACAAGGUCUGGUCCAACUCUCCCACAGACCGCGUACAGCUUCAGAGUUAGCUUCAGCUUCCAAAGAAAUCAAUCAAUCAAUCAAACGGCCAUAAAAAUGAACUCGAAGCUGCUGUUCACGGCGGCAGUGGCGGCGAUAUUGUUGGCUACCUAUCCUUAUCCAGAGAGCUUCAAUAUCUAUGCGCCGCCGGCCAUACCAGGCUCACGUGACCACCUCAACAGAGCUGAGAUUAUCAGAGUAGGUGGGGCGGUCGGACCCGAGAGCAUCGUUUUCGACCCGAAUGGAGAUGGACCGUAUACUGGGGUCGCCGAUGGUCGGAUUCUCAAGUGGCAGGGAAAUGGUGGUGGUUGGACUGAUUUUGCUUCAACCGCUUCUCAGAGGAAGGAGUGUGAUCGCCCUUUUGCUCCAGAAUUGGAGCAUGUAUGUGGGAGGCCUUUAGGGCUACGCUUUCAUAAGAAAACUGGAGAACUCUACAUUGCUGAUGCCUAUUUAGGGCUUCAAGUAGUAGGCCCUGAUGGAGGUUUGGCAACUCAAGUGGUCAGUGAAGUCGAAGGUCACCCUCUUCGCUUUACCAAUGAUAUGGACAUUGAUGAGCAAGAGGAUGUGAUUUACUUCUCAGAUUCUAGUACAAACUUCCAAAGAAGGCAAUUCAUGUCAUCCAUCUUGAGUGGAGACAAGACAGGAAGAUUACUGAAAUUCGAUAUAUCAAGCAAACAAGUGACAGUCUUACUGAGAGGCCUUGCCUUUGCCAAUGGUGUUGCAUUGAGCAAAGACCGGUCCUUUGUGCUAGUCGCUGAAACAACAACUUGCAGGAUCCAUAGACUCUGGCUUCAUGGUCCAAAUGCUGGAAAAGUCGACAUUUUUGCCGAGCUUCCGGGAUUCCCUGACAACAUAAGGAGGAACUCCAAAGGGGAGUUUUGGGUUGCAUUACAUGCCAAAAGGGGACUUCUUUCAAAAUGGGUUGUAUCUAACACUUGGGCUGGAAAUUCAUUGCUGAAGCUUCCUCUUAGCUUCAAGCGAUUGCAUUCCCUCUUAGUAGGAGGAAAGGCUCAUGCAAGUGCUAUCAAAUUGAGCGAGAAUGGAGAAAUUUUAGAAGUUUUAGAAGACUGUGAGGGAAAAAGCAUGAAGUUUAUAAGUGAAGUGGAAGAGAAAGAUGGGAAGCUGUGGAUUGGGUCAGUUCUAAUGCCUUUCAUAGGCAUUUUUAACAUUUAGUGGGACCCUGAAUUGCAAUUGUAGCUUUGUUUCUUUUUCCUUUUAUCCUCAUAGUCUUGUAGAAAUUAUAUUUAGAAACCAUGUUUUGAGCUACCUCCAAAAUCAUGCAACCAAAUAAGAGUUGCAUUGCAGAGGAAAAUAUAUUGUGUAUUGUAGAACUUUCUGCAAUGUGCGCGUAAGAUGUUGGAAGCUCCUAUAUUAUUAGAACAGAAAUAUUAAUUUUUAUAAAGAAUCUACGUAGCAUAUUGCUUUGUAGCCCAUAUUCAAUCUA